GGGGUCGCCUGAAAUUCACUUUUUUUUUCCCUCUGUUAUUAUUUAUUUGUCUUCCGUUCUAUAUCUUCGUAUCUAUCUUUCUUUCCACUCAUUCCUUCAUUUUUUUUACGCAUGGCUUCUUCUGCAAACAACAACACUAGUGCCAUCAAAAUCCAUGAAAAAUGUCUCGUUCCUCCUCCUAAUUCUUCUCCCCAAUUAUCUCUCCCACUCACUUUCUUCGACCUCAUUUGGCUAAGAUUCCACCCUGUUGAACGCAUCUUCUUCUAUUCCCUUCCCACCCCACACUCAACCCUCGAUUCCCUCCUUCACCAAGUGCUUCCAACUCUCAAAAACUCUCUCUCUCUUACCCUCCAACACUUCCUUCCUCUUGCAGGUACCAUAGUUUGGCCUUCUGAUUCCAACAAACCGUUAAUCCAAUACAAGGUUGGCGAUGGUGUUUCACUCACUGUAGCAGAGUCUAGUGAAGACUUGAACCAUUUCUUGGUGAAUUCCCCCGUUGAAGCUUUGGAUUCUCGCUCUUUGGUGCCCCACUUGGAAUCAUCGGAUUCUCUUGCGUCUGUUAUCUCUCUUCAGAUCACACUCUUCCCAAAGAGUGGCUUCAGUAUUGGAAUCAGUUCCCACCAUGCUGUUCUCGAUGGAAAAUCUUCAAUCAUGUUCGUUAAGGCUUGGGCUUAUCUAUGUCGUGAAGGUCAAUUAUCCAAUGAAGAAUCACCACGUUUGGCUCCUGAAUUGGUUCCCAUCUUUGACAAGGAAGCCAUUAAAGAUCCAAAUGGGCGUGACAUGAUGUUCAUAAACAAUUGGAAACAAAUAUCGUUCCAGUUGGACCCCAACAACAAUGAUAGCAGCAACGGAAGAACCCUUAAGAUCAUGUCAAGUGCGUUUCCUCCAUUGGUGGAUGACAGGGUUAGAUCCACGUUUGAGUUAACACGUGGAGAUUUGGAGAAGAUAAGGAACAGGGUGUUGUCCAAUUGGGACACCACGGUGGAUGAUGAAGAUGUCAUAGUUAUCUCUUCUUCUACGAAGCAACAACCAAAGUUGUCGACUUUUCUUCUCACGUGUGCCUAUGUUUCUGUUUGCAUCGUAAAAGCAACUGAUGAAGAAUCCAAAAAAAGGGGUGACAAUAAUGAAAAUAAAUUCAUGUUUGGAUUCACUGUGGAUUGCAGGGCUAAAUUGGACCCUCCAGUUCACGAGAACUACUUUGGGAACUGCGUUGCCGGACAUAUCGUUGAUGCAAUAAAAGCAGAGGACUUCAGAAAAGAAAACGCGUUGGUGAUUGUUGCGAAAAAGAUUUACAGUAAGAUAAGAUCGGUUGGUACUAUGGAAGGAGCGCUUGAUGGAAUAGAGACGAUGUUCUUUAGAGCGGCGUUGAUGGUGAAAGAAGGGAAGAAACCAAUAGGAGUAGCGGGAUCAGCGAGGUUUGGUGUUUAUGGAAUCGAUUUUGGGUGGGGGAAGCCUGAAAAGGUAGAGAUAACUUCGGUGGACAGAGGAAUCACCAUUGGCAUGGCAGAGAGUAAAGAUGGGAGUGGUGGGAUUCAAGUGGGGCUUGUUCUUAAUAAGCAUGUGAUGCAUCUGUUUAAUGAAUUUUUUCAUGCUGGCUUAUGUUGAAUCAAAUUAAUAAGCUUUAUUUUGUCCUUUGUAAUCCACGUGAUUCUACAGUUCAUUACUUGAAUAAAGAAACUGAUCCAUGCUACGAUACUGCUGUUGUUUCUCUUUUUUUAGCUGUGCUUUUCAUCUUAGUUAUAAAUUGAAUAACAAAUGUGCUAGUUUAUACUAGCCAAUUUUUUACUUUUUAUGACUUAAAAAAAAAAAUUGUUGCCUGAUGCGGCUUUUAUAAAAA